AUGGUUAAUGCAUAUUCGUUUGAUGGAAUAAUUGUCUUUGUAUUAUUGACAAUAUGUACAUGUGGUUAUAUGCGUCGUGUGCCAAAAUUACGCGAAUGGUUUUUAUCGGAAAAGAAAGGUUUUGCUGGUAUUUUUUAUAAAGCGUCAAUUAUUGGUACUCGUCUUUCUCUUGUUGUUGCGAUCUCAUGUGUUACUAUGGCUUUUUGGCUUGCGUUUUUACGAUGA